CAGUCUCUACUAGCAGGCGAGAUCUAGAGAUUAUGGGGAUUUUGGCAAGCAAAGGAAUCGAAUAUGAGGACAGUUACCGUUCCUUUUCCGAGAAAGAACGCCAACACCUCUUGUCACUUUUCAAUCAGCUCGCUACUGCUAAUGAUCUUGGUGUUAUGAAGGUAGAAUUUGAACCGCUUAAGAAUCACUUGGCAUGGCUUUUACCUGAGUGCGUUAUCAGCCGUUUCUUCAAAGAGAUGUGUAAUAUUCAACGAGCUCGCCGAGUAGUGAAAAAUCCACUUGAGGAUGGUCAAGUGGGCAGGGUGGCUUUUUUUGUGUCAAUGUCUCAUGUCUUUAAGAGGAGCAAAGCAGAGAAAGGACAGAUAUUUUACCACUUAACUGCUGAUGUUGACCAAGUAGUGACAAGUGUUGAGGUGGAAGAACUCUGUAAAAUAUUAUUAGAUGCCUAUGUUAUGGCAUUAAAAAAAACUACUGAUGGUGCAAAAUGGGAACUGCAUACUAAUGCUGAGGCAAACCACAGAUUUGCCAAAAAUGCUAUUCAAGAACUUUUAGGGAAGAAAGCAGACCCUAGUUGUGUUUCUCCAGAGGAGGUUAUUUCAUGGUUUAGUAAAUUUCCGCUGAUAGAAAAAUUGUUUCUGGCUGUUAUGAGGGCUGGAUUCUUUGAUGUAGAGAGUCUGUUAGAAGCCAAGCCUCAUGGUUUAGAGGAAGGAUGUGAAGUGACAGUUGCACAUGUACAGUACGACAGGUCACACAUAAUAAUGCCAUGCAAGUUUGAAGUGGAUUUCAAUAAAGUUGAUGCACUUUUGGACAUUCCAUCUAUCAUUCUUCUUAAUCAUCACUUGCCUCAAUCAUCUCAACAUCAAUGGCGUCUACUAUUCUCCACUCAAACUCAUGGCGAGAGCUUCAGUGCUUUUAUUCAUCAAAUCACCAAUCAAGGCCCGAUGAUUAUUGUUGCCAGAGACACUGGUGGACAUAUUUUUGGAGGGUUUGCCUCAGUUAGUUGGUCUAUAAAGUCUCAUUUUGUAGGUGACAGCUACUGCUUUCUGUUCAGCCUGAAGCCUAAAAUGGGUGUGUAUCAUCCUACUGGUUACAAUGAGAACUUCAUGUAUCUGAACAUGGGCAUGCAAACAAUGCCUAAUGGAUUGGGUAUGGGAGGUCAGUUAAACUACUUUGGAUUUUGGUUAAAUGAGGACUUUGGCUCAGGACAUAGCCGUGGGCAGCCUUCCUGCACUACAUAUGGCAGCCCAGUCCUCUCUGCAGAAGAGGAGUUUAAGCUUGAUAGACUUGAGGCUUGGGGUGUGGGUGUACCACCAGAAAAUGAGGCAGAGGAAAAAAGUGUAUUGGAUACAAACAUUGAGGCCAAGGCUUUCUUGGAAGUCAUUGGUAAAAAGAUGCAUAGUGAAGGAUUUAGAGAGCCAGAUGCUAAUUAAAAAAAUGUUUGAGGUGGUGGAACAUCACAAAUGGGGUGUCUGAAGACAGUUUCCUUCUUGUUAGAGAGUCUGUUUGUCUCCCUCUCUGCCUUAAGAUGGGGUGAAGCCUUGACAAAGGUGAUUUGCCUAGAAAGGUUUGUUGAGUAAAAGGUUUGCAGUAAAUGAAUGCUGACAACCUUCUUUUGGUCCAGUUUUGAAUUUGGUUGUGUUGCAUGUGUGAACAAGCAAGCAAUUGAAAAAUUAUUAUUGAUUACAAGCUCUCAAGGCUGUAUAUUUCUUUUGGGUUAAAACAAUUUCAAAUAUAGAUGCAUGUGUAAUUAUAAUAAAUGGAGGAUGAAGGUUUUACUUCAGUUUGAAUUCAGCUAAUUACUGGACAGGUGCUUUUGGGAUUGAUACUGUAUUUCCUAGAUACCAGAAAUAAUAACACCAAUUGUAAAAUAUCAUAUGUUUCUAUUAUUAUUGUAAUGUAAGUAAGAAAAAAAAGAUUAUUUACAGGAAAUAUUAUCCAAGUGGAUUUCUGUUUUCUGCAACUUCUGCUGGACCAGAGUCAUUCUUUGUUAAAGAAUAUUAUACUUUUCUGUACAGGACUGGCUGAUAGAACUUUAUACAGUAUUUAUUUUACAUUAAUUACUAUUUGUGUAAUGGUGGGAUAAAAUUAAAAGUACAUUUCAAACAGUGAUAGAUAUAAAUAUAAGCCCUACUGGUAGUUGAUGUAAUGAGUGCAUUGUUGGAGUCCAGUUGAACUCAGAACGGAACUCAAACAAUUGGCAGCUGGGUUCUUUCCAGUAUCCCUGAAGGAUUGAUAGUACAUAAAAAUUAAAAUAAAAUUAGUUGAA